AUGGCGAUCAUGACCAUCCUUUCCGUAUCGACUGCUUGCUAUGUCCUCGCUUGGUUGCUGCUAAAGACUGAGCACGCAUCGCUUCAGUCCAGAAUCGACGCCGACUGGGCUGUGUACAAUGGCGACUACGCUCAUAUCGAUGCAUUUGAGAAGGCACAAGCUAGCAUCCUCACACUCAGAUAUAAGCUGAAUGUGAUCAUACAAUAUAUACCACUCAUUAACUACGUUCUCUGUAAUCUAAUUCUACUUUGGAGAGCCUGGGUUUUGUGGAACCACAGUCUGUGGAUCCUUUUCCUUUCCGCAUUGUUCGUGCUCGGCACCUCUGCAAUGGCCAUCCUCCGUGCAAUAUAUGGUUCAUCCGAUGACUUCUCAGUCGCAAAUCUACUGCAAGGCCACAGAGUCGACGCGAAUCUACAGGUGACUGUGGAAGACUGGGUUAUAUGGGGCAUAUCCCUGGCGACGAACAUACUAGCGACAUUGUUGAUUAUUCUCAAAGUCUGGCGCCACAGAGGAUCCAUUCGCUCAAAUAUAGAGGGAAGCCGACGAAGUUCCAAAGUCGAGGUAUUUUUGGCCUUGUUUGUCGAGUCCGGUAUUAUCUCUUGUUGUGCUUGGGUGUCGUACAUAGCAAGUCAGGUCAAUGUUCUGGUGCAUUCAAGCGAAGGUGCCAAUCUAUGGAGUGAACUGAUGUCUAUUGUCCUGGUUCAAGUCUCCGACAUACUCUCGACUUUGAUCAUCAUACUAGUUAUCGUGAAGAGGACGGCCUCGGACAUGACAGGGCUACCUCAACUCGAAGAAGUUGAGUACAACAUAACUCGUCACUGUAUUGCGCGCACACUCGGGGAGAAAAGGCAAUCCAUCCAACCGUCAUCGCUUGGAAGAACACCGAUUAGAAUUGAGACACAUACAGAGACUACACGGGAUGACGAUCCAGAUACUAGCAGAGGGUCACCUGCAGCUGAGAACAAGGACAGCCUAUUCCCUGACAUAGAGGGAACGGCGGAGGGACAUGGAAGUGAUGAGAUCAUGUCUUCCACGGUCGUUAAGCUUGACUUGGAGUGGGCAGGAGGAAUGAUAGACCAUAUUCGUUGA